CUCUCCCUUCCUCCCUCCCUCCCUCUCUCUCUCUGUUGCUUACCACUACGCAUCAACACCACUGCUACUAAUAUUCCCAGCCCGAAGAUCCCCCGCGACGGACAGACUCUUUGGAUACUAUCGUUAUAACGCGCCAGUCGAAUGACCUAGGCGUCUAGUCUUAUCGAUCCCCUCUCACUACGUCGUAUCUUGGACUACCCACAUCGGGAUCGAGAGUCCAGGCACCAUUAUAGCACCACCGACAGCCUGCUCCAGGCGGAGAACCCUGCUGGAACCUCGGGGUCGGCCAAUUCGUGCCCACUCGACAUCCCGCCUUGCUUUUGGGCCCAUGCCACCUGCUGAUCACCGGGUCCGCUGGCUUACAGGGGCUAGAAUCGCGGCAGCUUUGAACGCGCCCGCCCUUUGUUAAAUACGGAGGCGUUCGGAAUAUUUUUUUUUGUUUAUUUUUUAAGGGGUGCCCGUCUGAUGGUCUCCCUCCCUCUCCGGAUCACUGCUCCUCCGUCUUCUCCCCUACCUGGUAUAUCCAGACUUGCAGACCGUCUCCGCCUCCACUGCGGCCCGUUGACUUGAGCAUUGUCGCACGCGAACCAUCUUACAGAGAGUCUCGCCGGCCGCGCCAUAGUCGCGAUGCGUUCCGCGGCUUGGGUCACCCUCUUAGCGGUGACCACCGGUAGUACUACUGCCGAAUCGAUUGGCAAACGGGAUCUAGCAACCUCGGAGCCUCACUACCCGUCGCCAUGGAUGAACCCCGACACGAAAGGAUGGCAAGACGCUUACGCGAAGGCCAAAGAAUUCGUCUCUCAACUCACCCUCGCGGAGAAGGUCAACUUGACGACUGGUGUGGGGUGGCAAGGUGAACAAUGCGUUGGCCAAGUGGGCUCCAUCCCCCGGCUCGGGUUGCGCAGUCUCUGCCUGCAGGACUCGCCCUUGGGCAUCCGUCUCGCCGACUACGUUUCUGCUUUCACCUCUGGCCAGACCGUAGCCGCUUCGUUUGACAGGGGUCUCAUGUACAGGCGAGGUAAAGCCAUGGGUGCUGAGGGCAGGGCUAAGGGGAUCGAUGUUCUCCUUGGACCCGUUGCUGGACCCAUCGGUCGUGUCCCCGCCGGAGGACGCAACUGGGAAGGGUUCUCUCCGGACCCGUACCUGACCGGUGUGGGAAUGGCCGAAACUAUCAAGGGAAUCCAGGAUGCUGGCGUGAUUGCCUGUGCCAAGCAUUUUAUCGGCAACGAGCAAGAACAUUUCAGACAAGUCGGCGAGGCCGCCGGCUACGGCUACAACAUCUCGGAAACUAUCUCGUCGAAUAUCGACGACAAAACUAUGCACGAACUGUACCUAUGGCCCUUCGCCGACGCGGUGAGGGCUGGUGUGGGCUCGAUCAUGUGUUCGUAUAACCAAGUCAACAACUCGUAUGGGUGUCAAAAUUCCAAGGCGCUGAAUGGCCUUCUCAAAGGCGAACUAGGAUUCCAAGGAUUCGUUAUGAGUGACUGGCAAGCCCAGCACUCCGGCGCAGCCAGCGCCGCUGCCGGCCUCGACAUGAGUAUGCCCGGAGACGUCCUCUUCGGCACAGGGCUAAGCUUUUGGGGCACAAAUCUCACCCUUGCAGUCCUGAACGGCACUGUGGCUCAAUAUCGAGUCGACGACAUGGCUAUGAGGAUCAUGGCUGCUUACUUCAAGGUCGGCAAGACUUUGGAAAAUCAGAUUCCGAUCAACUUCGAUUCGUGGACGCGAGAUACCCACGGCCCUCUCCACUUCGCCGCGAACCAGGGCCACCAGCAGGUCAACUGGCAUAUCGAUGUUCGGGAAAAUCACGGCGAUCUUAUCCGUGAGCUUGCCGCUAAAUCUACCGUCCUGCUCAAGAACGAAGGUGCUCUCCCCCUUAACAAACCGAAGUUUCUUGCAGUGGUUGGGGAGGACGCCGGUCCUAGCCCGAUAGGUCCCAACGGGUGCUCUGACCGGGGCUGCAAUAGAGGCACUCUGGCGAUGGGCUGGGGUUCCGGCACUGCCGAUUUCCCGUACCUGAUUACUCCGAUCGACGCACUGCAAACCAAGGCUAUCGAAGAUCACACUCGCAUCGAGGCUAUCCUCGACAACUCCGCAACGUCCUCAAUUAACAGCCUCGUCGCCCAAGAUGGCGCAACUGCGCUUGUCUUCGUUAACGCAGACUCCGGCGAGGGAUAUAUCUCCGUCGAUGGCAAUAGGGGCGACAGGAAUAACCUGACCCUCUGGGGUAAUGGUGACGAGCUCAUCAAGCAGGUUUCUGCGCUAUGCAACAACACUAUUGUUAUCAUUCACUCUGUCGGCCCUACUCUCGUGACGGAUUGGUAUGAUUCGCCCAACGUCACGGCCAUUCUUUGGGCUGGCUUACCAGGCCAAGAGAGCGGCCGCGCGAUCGUGGACGUUCUAUACGGCCGAGUAAACCCGGCCGCCCGAUCUCCCUUCACCUGGGCAGCGGCGAGAGAGGAUUACGGGGCAGACGUCUUGUACGAACUUAACAAUGGAAACGAUGCGCCGCAACAGGAUUUUACCGAAGGUGUCUUCAUUGACUACCGAGCCUUAGAUCGGGCCAACAUCAAACCGAUCUUUGAGUUCGGAUUUGGCCUGUCGUAUACCAAAUUCAAAUAUUCAGACAUCCAGGUGGAGAAGAGCGAUGUUAGAGAAUACAAGCCAACUGCCGGUAGCACCGCCCAGGCGCCGACGUUUGGUAACUACUCGACAGAACUCGGAGACUAUCUGUUCCCGAAUUCCUCGUUCCCGUACAUCUGGCAGUACAUCUACCCCUAUGUUAACACCUCGUCAUCGCUCGAAGAGGCAUCCCUCGACCCCGAGUUUGGUCGAACGGCAGAGGAGUUCCUCCCUCCGGGUGCCCUAGAAUCCGCGGCUCAGCCGCUCAACCCUGCGGGCCCGAGCCUCACGGCGGCGCCGGGCGGUAACCAGCAUCUCUUCGACGUGCUGUACACCGUGACCGCCAAGAUCACCAACACGGGCGGCGUGGUGGGCGAUGAGGUACCGCAGCUGUACGUAUCUCUCGGUGGCGAAAACCCCCCCUUCGUGCUACGCGGCUUCGACCGUAUCAGGAUCGACCCGGGUCAGACGGCGACGUUCCGAGCGACCCUCACUCGCCGCGAUCUCAGCAACUGGGACGUCGAGACCCAGAAUUGGGUCAUCUCCGACUACCCCAAGACGGUGCACGUCGGUCCCAGCAGCCGCAAUCUGCCGCUGAGGGCCGUGCUACCCUGAGGCCAUGGCAACGCCCCCCAUCCCGUCCUAUCUAAGAUAUUAGAUACCUGGGUAACACUGGGGUGAGGAAGGAGGAGAAGAGGGGAGGCGUGUAUGCGAUGCUCAUAACUAGUAAAAGCAGUGAAACAGAGAACAUGCAUACAAGUAUAAUGUAUAUAGGAAAUUCUAAGUAAUAUUAAUCCCUGACGUUCUCUCUACGAAUCCGCUACGCAUUUUCUUGCUCGG